GUCACCCUCUCCAGCUCCAGCCCGGUGCAGGCUCGGGUACUCCGCUCCCGCCUGCCGCCUCGCCAUGGCCUUGAAGGUAGACAGUAGGCCCGGGGGGCUCCCCGGCAGUGGCUGUGACCUGGGCCCCGCCCGAGAACACAUGCAGGCCGUCACCCGGAACUACAUCACCCACCCCCGAGUCACCUACAGGACUGUGUGCAGCGUCAAUGGGCCCCUGGUGGUGCUGGACCAGGUCAAGUUUGCACAGUAUGCUGAGAUCGUCAACUUCACCCUCCCUGACGGGACUCAGAGAAGUGGACAGGUGCUUGAGGUGUCUGGGACCAAGGCAAUUGUUCAGGUGUUUGAAGGAACCUCUGGGAUCGAUGCCCAGAAGACCACCUGUGAAUUCACAGGGGACAUCCUACGGACUCCAGUGUCAGAAGACAUGCUGGGUCGGGUCUUCAAUGGUUCCGGCAAGCCCAUUGACAAGGGGCCAGUGGUCAUGGCAGAGGACUUCCUGGAUAUCAAUGGCCAGCCCAUCAAUCCCCAUGACCGCAUCUACCCGGAGGAGAUGAUUCAGACGGGCAUCUCUCCCAUCGACGUCAUGAACAGCAUUGCCCGUGGUCAGAAGAUCCCCAUCUUCUCAGCAGCUGGGCUCCCCCACAACGAGAUUGCUGCCCAAAUCUGCCGCCAGGCUGGGCUGGUGAAGAAGUCCAAGGCUGUGCUGGACUAUCAUGAUGACAACUUUGCCAUUGUCUUUGCGGCCAUGGGGGUGAACAUGGAGACCGCCAGGUUCUUCAAGUCUGACUUCGAGCAGAACGGUACCAUGGGGAAUGUCUGCCUCUUCCUGAACUUGGCCAACGACCCCACGAUCGAGCGGAUCAUCACCCCACGCCUGGCACUGACCACUGCUGAAUUCCUCGCCUACCAGUGUGAGAAGCACGUGCUGGUCAUACUGACCGACAUGAGCUCCUAUGCAGAGGCUUUGCGGGAGGUCUCAGCUGCAAGGGAGGAGGUGCCUGGGCGCCGAGGCUUCCCGGGAUACAUGUACACAGACCUGGCCACCAUCUAUGAGCGGGCAGGCCGCGUGGAGGGCCGCGGAGGGUCCAUCACCCAGAUCCCCAUCCUCACCAUGCCCAAUGAUGAUAUCACCCACCCAAUCCCAGACCUGACGGGCUUCAUCACAGAGGGACAGAUCUACGUGGACAGGCAGCUUCAUAACAGACAAAUCUACCCUCCGGUCAACGUGCUCCCUUCCCUGUCGCGGCUAAUGAAGUCGGCCAUCGGGGAGGGCAUGACCAGGAAGGACCACGGAGACGUCUCCAACCAGCUGUACGCCUGCUACGCCAUCGGGAAGGACGUGCAGGCCAUGAAGGCCGUGGUGGGGGAGGAGGCGCUCACCUCCGAGGACCUGCUCUACCUGGAGUUUCUGCACAAGUUCGAGAGGAGCUUCAUCAACCAGGGCCCCUACGAGAACCGCUCCGUGUUCGAGUCCUUGGACCUGGGCUGGAAGCUGCUGCGCAUCUUCCCCAAGGAGAUGCUGAAGCGCAUCCCGCAGAGCGUGCUCGAGGACUUCUACUCCCGCGAGGCGCCGCAGCAGGCCCCCUCGUCCGACACCGCGCUCUAGCCGCGCCCCAGCCCGGGCCCAGCCCUCUCCCUGCACUCCCCGCCCGGAGGGAGAGAACAAGCCCCUGAUUGCGCGCGCGCAGGGAACCACCUAGAGAGCUUCCCGAGGCCCAGGCCCCAAACCAGAGCAGUUAACCUGAAUCUGUCUGCGCAUUGGUGUUUUUUCCUCCAGGUGCGGCCAGAGUUGGAACCACUAGUAUAGAGACUGCAGGGUAACCCAGGUAAAGAUAGUGAGGGAGAGCUUGAAGAGGUCCCGGGACACACUCUCCAACCCCACAUAUACGUAGGAUUUUGUUGCCAUUCUUAGGAUCCUAAUAACCUCAGAAGCAACAGCCCACAGAAUCUCCCAACUGCCAGGAAAUCCUCAAGCUUUGUGCCUGCAAAGCAUUGUCACUGUAUCUUAAUUUGGAGCCAGGUGUUAAGGUUUCACCUGGGGCAGAUGCCCAGUAGAAUUUGCUAGGAAUGCUCAGGAGGGGUGCAGACUCCUCAGACCCCUGGGGUUGGGAGGCGACUGGGCUACCAGAGGAAGUUUCCCUGGAAUGAGGGAGAGCUGCUUCAGGUGAGCAAUCUGCAUUUUUGUCCCUCCCUGUAGGUCACUAUGGUCUUGGGAGAUCCUCCUCUCUCCUUCUUGGAUUUCUCUGGGGGAAAUACCAGGACUGAUGGGACAAAGAGGGGAGAAGGUAGUUAGAAGUGGGGGGUGUAGUCUGGUAUAGCUAGAGUUGACCCCUGGGGCCUCAGUAAACCUCUCAUGAGCUUCGGAUCCCUAAGAAGGGAUGGAACGUGGAUAGUCCAGUGACACUCAACAUUGAUUGCUUGACUACUAUAUACUGUAAAAACUUAAAAGGGGAACUGAGGAAAACACCAACAACAAAUAUAUAAAGGGUUACUGUGUUAAUAAGUCUUACAAAUCCAAUAAGAAAUACUCUUUAAAUCCUCAGAGAACAAUGUGAAGAAACAGAUGAUUUCCAGAAGAGAAAAACACCGAUAAUUGUUUGACUUUUGGUAGUCCUCAAAUUAGAACAUUUCCACUACCAAAUUAGCAAAUGUUUUAAAAAAUCAGGUUUUCGGGCUGGUGGUAAUGCUCCAAGUAGUUCCUUUUUUAAUAACAGCAAAUUCAUAGAUGGCUGACUCUGUCUCACUGCUUGAACCCCCUCCCUCCUUGUGAAGUAGGUAGUAUUACUCCCAUUUUGCUGACGCAGAAACUAAGACAUAGAGGUCCAACAAGUCACCCAAAGUUACGUGGUUGAUGUGCAGGGUACCUGCUGCUUCAGUGCAGGCAGAAGUGUAAAGGAAUAUAAAACCUUGUUGAUGGGCAGCUUGCAAACACUAACAACUUUAAAAAUGUUCAUUUCCUUUCACCUAGUAAUUCUACUUCCAGGAAAUCCAUCCCAAGAAAAUGGCCAAGAUGAAUCAUUUUGUUUUCUGCCGCACAAGUGAAAUGAUGGCACAUCCAUUAGGAUGUUGGCCCAUGGUGGCGUCAUAAUGUAGUCUCGGGUGCGCCAUGACAACGGCUGCUAGUUCACGAUGAAACGCUAGACGGAAGCGAAGUACAAGAAGAGUCUGCACGACACGCGCAUAUCGUCAUAGACCAUGACGGCUGGGGGUGGUGGGGCUGCGAUUUUAAGAAUUUCCUCACCGUCCUUUUCUCUGUUUCUACAAUCAGCACUUACUAAUUUUAUAA